AUGGAUCCGAUCAAAACUUUGGACUUCGGCAACUGGGUCUCUGGUAGCGAUGAAGAGCGUCAGAGCUUCGCUAAAGAUUUACACGAUGAGCUGGUGGCCGUUGGUUUCGUCAAGCUGUGUAACCACGGCCUAUCCAAUGAGUGCAUUGACAACCUUUUCCAAAAGACUAGGCAAUUCUUUGAGCUCCCACCGGAGGAGAAGCAGAAGAUCGCAUAUAUCCCCGGCCCUACUCUGCAGCGAGGAUGGAGCACUGUCGGGUCUGAGAAAUCGGCUACGCUGGACAGUCCGGAAAAUAUAAGUCACGAUAAUCUCGAAGACGCUAAGCAACACUUCGACUGCGGUGCAGCUGAGGACGUGAAAUUUCCCAACAAAUGGCCUGACGCCCAUGUUCUGCCCGGUUUUCAAGAGUCCGUGGAAGAGUACUUUGAUAAAUGUCAAGAACUUGGUUUGCGUACAAUGGAAGCUUUGGAAAUGGGAUUCAAUCAGCCGCAAGACUCUCUUCUGUCGCGGUUCAAGAGCCAUGCGAGCCAGUUCCGACUCAACCAUUACCCUGCCUUGCCCGUCCAGCGUCUGACAGAUGGCUUGACAAAUCGUUUAUGGCCACACGCAGACUACGGUGUCCUCACCUUCCUAGUGCAGGAUUCGGUGGGAGGACUCCAGAUCUGGGACAACAUCAACCAAUCUGGCUUCCUCCCAAUUCCGUGUAAUUCCCGAUAUGAGAUCAUCGUCAAUGCCGGAGGAACUCUGCAACGAUGGACCAACGACUUUCUCAAAGCGGGGCUCCAUCGAGUGGUCAUGCCGGACACAAACCAGAAAGAUGGCGUCGUCCCAGAACGAUUCUCACUCGCUUUUUUCCUGCAUACGGCCCGCAGCACGAGCGCUGGUCCAUUGCCGUCGUUCGUAGAUAAGGAUCAUCCCGCUCUGUACGAUGAGAUCACAACCUUUGAGUUUGAACGCCGGCGCACGGAGCAGACUUAUUAA